GAAAUCAGUUCCCCUUGAUCAGAUGCCGGGAACGGAACUACUUUCACAGAAGUGGAAAAUAUCUUUGACGCGAUAACGCUGUGUUUAAUAGAAAAAAUAAAAACAAAAAACACUAUCACUCAAUACAUUGUUAAAAAAAAGUACAACCUUUGAAAAAUUUAUCACACUAGAGGGAAGAAAAAAAUUCAAUUCAAUUAAAAUUAAAACAUUUAAUUUUAGAUAUACAUUUCGAAGAACACAACCCAAUUUGGCAACCGGAGGAAAACUCGUGAACCGCGAGAACAAAAAAAAAAUUGAAAUUCGUGCGACGCAAAUCAAACAGAAUGCCUAAAUUAUUGUAAAAAAAAGAAAUGCAUGAGCCAAGUGACAAAUAAAUCUCAAACAAAGCAAAAGAAUUUACGAAAAGCUCAUCAAAAAUUUCCCAAAUGCCAAAGGAAGCCCACACAUAAUGAUAUAGAGAAUACAAAAUUGCUAAAAAGGAAAAAUAAUGUGAACUACAUUUUCAUGUUGUCAAUCAAAUGCAAAAGAUCUUCCAUGAACUAAAAGUGGAAAUUUGAUGAAAUUUUUUAAAAAGAAAACUGACAAAACCUAAGAAUUUGGAAAAAUCCUUCGAUGACUUGCAACAGAUUUCAUGGACUACUCGCACAAGAACAGCAAAAACCACUUAACAGUGAACAAAAGAAUAAAAAACUUUGGACUAGAAGGAAACUCAAAGCAAGAACGUUUGGCUCAAUUUAUCAACCAAAGCUUACGACCAUUCCGUUAGAUGCUUAUAGGCCACUCAGUAGCACCAAUCAUCCAACUACCCAAAGAGUGCUAGACUUUCAUAUUAUCAAUAAAUCCUCUAAAUCAUCUCUAAGGCUUAGUUGACAGCUGCCCUAAGUCGUGCGCAAUCAUCUCGCGAUCAUCAUGGCCAGCAAUAAUAAUUUCCUGUAUCCUCCACCUCCAAGUGCUGAACAUAAUUUACCUUUACAUUUUGAAAAUCUCUUUGUCAAUGGACGCUUUGCCGAGGACGAACAUGAGAACAGUGCGGCAAAUCGCUUGAAUGGCAACAAUGAACCCAACUGCUGGGUUUUCGGUUAUGGUUCAUUGUGCUGGUAUCCCGGUUUCGAAUACAACAAAUGUAUAACCGGUUACAUUAGAGGCUAUAAUCGUCGUUUCUGGCAAGGCAAUACAACACAUCGCGGGACGGUGGAAAAGCCUGGACGUGUUGCCACUCUGGUGGAAGACAAAGAGGGCAUUACAUGGGGCUGUGCCUACAGAAUAACAGGAAAGACAGCCUUGGAUUAUUUAAAACAAAGAGAAUGCACACUAGGUGGCUACACAACUGUCGAUACAAAAUUCUAUCCCCGCAUUGCCUCAUAUGACACACCCUUUGGCGGUGAAGCUUUGCCCGUCAUUGUCUAUGUGGCCAAUAAGGAUAGCGAACAUUGGUUGGGCGAGGACAAACUGGAGAAUGUGGCAAAACAAAUUGUCGAUUGUGAAGGUCCCAGUGGACACAAUGCCGAAUAUCUGCUACGUCUGGCCACCUUUAUGCAUGAAGAGAUUCCAGAAAUAUGGGACGAGCAUUUAUUUAAAUUAGAAUCUUUGGUGCUAAGUGAAUUACGCAGGCAAAAUAUACCUCUGUGCUCUGUGAUGGGUACCAAUCGUGGUCGCAUACGUCGUGAUUCACAUGAAGAUAUCAGAAGGCCGCCCAGUUUUGAAUUUACCUCACGUAUAGCGGAACGCAAACUGCGUUGUUUGAAUAUCUAACAAAAUGAAAGACAAAGAACACAAAGAGUGAUGAAAUGAAAUGCAAAUGCUGUAGGAGAAGAAAAAGGAGAGUACUACUUCCUGCAAGUAUUAUUGUUGUUUUUUAUGUAUGGGGGCAGGAAGUUGCAGUGCCUUCGGUCAAGGUUCCUUUGGCUUUUACUAUUGACGAUAGGAUGAUAGGAUAAUAGUGUAAAUUGUAAGAUAACAACAAAUUUAGGUUUAAUUUUUGAUAUGAUUUUAAAAUGAUUUAGAAACUCCAAAGUUUCCUGAUUAAGAAAUAGCAUAGUCAUCGUCGUCGUCCCAUGAAUAACUUCAACUGAGGCCUCAUAAUUUAUAAUUUAAUUAAAACUACAUUGUAAAACAAAACUGACAAACACAAAAUUUAACAAAAUUCUCCAAUGCAAAAUAAAAAACUGCGGUAAUAAAUUCUCUGUUAUUGAAAAAAAAAACGAAAACAAAGACCAAGGCUUUAUUAAGAGUUAAGACCUAACAACCCAAACGCAACAAUCCAGACUAACAAUCAUGUAUAACUUUUUUACCAAACUUUUGUAAUGACCUACGAUUGUUCUGCCUAAUAAUAUCAUUAACCAACCAACUAACCCUCAGAUUAAAAUGUCUGUCCCAAACCUCUUUGGUUCACAUAUUGUUAAGAUAAUCUUCUGCUUUGAAUGUUUUUU